GUAAAUAGAUCUAUUUAGUAAUAUUUUGAUUACCAUUUAAAUAAAAUAAUGCAUUUAAAUACAAUAAUGUUGAGAUCAAUAUUGUAUUUAAAUAAAUCGAAUCUAGGCCUACGGCAACAUUUCUUAAUAUGUCUGUCUAGAAUAAUGUUGAAAUUAGUAAAAUACGACAUUAUAUUUUUAUUUCAACUUAUGGUGCUGUCAACAUUUACUUAAAAUGGACAUUAUUAUAGUCAUCAUAUUUCUUUUAGACUUCGGGCCUAUUAAAAUCUCAAUAGACAAUAUUUAGCAUCGUUUUUUUCUUUCAAGGCUGGAUGAGUGGAUCCCUGUUUUUUGCUGCAAAGAUUUUGGGCCCGGUAAGGGCCCCAACUGGGCCAGUUCAUACUAACCACAUGGGCCCCAUUUGGGGAAUGAACAUUGGCCCAAACAGGCGCCUAUAGGGCUGAGUCAGGGGGCCCAGAAAAUCUCCUAGUAAAACCAGUGUGAGGCCUGUAAGGGGGCAAUUAAUGAAAGCCCAAACAGGGCCCUUAAGGAUCCAGUCUAGGCACAAUGAGGGGGCCCAGAUGAAGCCCCAAUAGAAACCCUCAUGGGGCUAGUAUGUGGCAAAUGUUAAGGGUCAUGAAAGGGCUAACCACAUGGGCCAUAUUUGGGGAUGAACAUUGCCCCAUAUGAGGGCCCUAAGGGCUGAGUCUGGUCGUCUCAGCUCGGGGCCCAGAUGAAGCCCUAUUGGAACCCUCAUAGAGCCAAUGUGGGGCAAACACUGAGGGGCCUGAAAGGGCUAUACACAUGGGCCUCAUUCGGGGGAUGAACUUUGGCCCAAACUGGCGCAAUCAGGGGGCCCAUAUGAAGCCCUGAUGGAAACCUAAUGGGGCUAGUAUAGGGCAAACGUUGACGGGCCUGUAAGGGCUAACCACACGGGCCCCAUUUUUGGGAUGAACAUUGGCCCAAACAGGCGCCUAUAGGGCUGAGUCUGAGCUCAGUCAGGGGGCUCAGAAAAUCCCCUUGUGAGGCCUGUAAGGGGAAGGACUUGUGGGCCCCAACAGGGCCAAGGAUAAUUGGCCCUUAGGGGGGGCAAUUAAUGAAAGCCAAACAGGGCCCUUAAGGAUCCAGUCUAGGCACAAUGAGGGGGCCCAGAUGAAGCCCCAAUAGAAACCCUCAUGGGGCUAGUAUGUGGCAAAUGUUAAGGGUCAUGAAAGGGCUAACCACAUGGGCCAUAUUUGGGGAUGAACAUUGCCCCAUAUGAGGGCCCUAAGGGCUGAGUCUGGUCGUCUCAGCUCGGGGCCCAGAUGAAGCCCUAUUGGAACCCUCAUAGAGCCAAUGUGGGGCAAACACUGAGGGGCCUGAAAGGGCUAUACACAUGGGCCUCAUUCGGGGGAUGAACUUUGGCCCAAACUGGCGCAAUCAGGGGGCCCAUAUGAAGCCCUGAUGGAAACCUAAUGGGGCUAGUAUAGGGCAAACGUUGACGGGCCUGUAAGGGCUAACCACAUGGGCCCCAUUUGGGGGAUGAACAUUGGCCCAAACAGGCGCCUAUAGGGCUGAGUCUGAGCUCAGUCAGGGGGCUCAGAAAAUCCCCUUGUGAGGCCUGUAAGGGGAAGGACUUGUGGGCCCCAACAGGGCCAAGGAUAAUUGGCCCUUUGGGGGGCAAUUAAUGAAAGCCAAACAGGGCCCUUAAGGAUCCAGUCUAGGCACAAUGAGGGGGCCCAGAUGAAGCCCCAAUAGAAACCCUCAUGGGGCUAGUAUGUGGCAAAUGUUAAGGGUCAUGAAAGGGCUAACCACAUGGGCCAUAUUUGGGGAUGAACAUUGCCCCAUAUGAGGGCCCUAAGGGCUGAGUCUGGUCGUCUCAGCUCGGGGCCCAGAUGAAGCCCUAUUGGAACCCUCAUAGAGCCAAUGUGGGGCAAACACUGAGGGGCCUGAAAGGGCUAUACACAUGGGCCUCAUUCGGGGGAUGAACUUUGGCCCAAACUGGCGCAAUCAGGGGGCCCAUAUGAAGCCCUGAUGGAAACCUAAUGGGGCUAGUAUAGGGCAAACGUUGACGGGCCUGUAAGGGCUAACCACAUGGGCCCCAUUUGGGGGAUGAACAUUGGCCCAAACAGGCGCCUAUAGGGCUGAGUCUGAGCUCAGUCAGGGGGCUCAGAAAAUCCCAUUGUGAGGCCUGUAAGGGGAAGGACUUGUGGGCCCCAACAGGGCCAAGGAUAAUUGGCCCUUUGGGGGGCAAUUAAUGAAAGCCAAACAGGGCCCUUAAGGAUCCAGUCUAGGCACAAUGAGGGGGCCCAGAUGAAGCCCCAAUAGAAACCCUCAUGGGGCUAGUAUGUGGCAAAUGUUAAGGGUCAUGAAAGGGCUAACCACAUGGGCCAUAUUUGGGGAUGAACAUUGCCCCAUAUGAGGGCCCUAAGGGCUGAGUCUGGUCGUCUCAGCUCGGGGCCCAGAUGAAGCCCUAUUGGAACCCUCAUAGAGCCAUUGUGGGGCAAACACUGAGGGGCCUGAAAGGGCUAUACACAUGGGCCUCAUUCGGGGGAUGAACUUUGGCCCAAACUGGCGCAAUCAGGGGGCCCAUAUGAAGCCCUGAUGGAAACCUAAUGGGGCUAGUAUAGGGCAAACGUUGACGGGCCUGUAAGGGCUAACCACAUGGGCCCCAUUUGGGGGAUGAACAUUGGCCCAAACAGGCGCCUAUAGGGCUGAGUCUGAGCUCAGUCAGGGGGCUCAGAAAAUCCCCUUGUGAGGCCUGUAAGGGGAAGGACUUGUGGGCCCCAACAGGGCCAAGGAUAAUUGGCCCUUUGGGGGGCAAUUAAUGAAAGCCAAACAGGGCCCUUAAGGAUCCAGUCUAGGCACAAUGAGGGGGCCCAGAUGAAGCCCCAAUAGAAACCCUCAUGGGGCUAGUAUGUGGCAAAUGUUAAGGGUCAUGAAAGGGCUAACCACAUGGGCCAUAUUUGGGGAUGAACAUUGCCCCAUAUGAGGGCCCUAAGGGCUGAGUCUGGUCGUCUCAGCUCGGGGCCCAGAUGAAGCCCUAUUGGAACCCUCAUAGAGCCAUUGUGGGGCAAACACUGAGGGGCCUGAAAGGGCUAUACACAUGGGCCUCAUUCGGGGGAUGAACUUUGGCCCAAACUGGCGCAAUCAGGGGGCCCAUAUGAAGCCCUGAUGGAAACCUAAUGGGGCUAGUAUAGGGCAAACGUUGACGGGCCUGUAAGGGCUAACCACAUGGGCCCCAUUUGGGGGAUGAACAUUGGCCCAAACAGGCGCCUAUAGGGCUGAGUCUGAGCUCAGUCAGGGGGCUCAGAAAAUCCCCUUGUGAGGCCUGUAAGGGGAAGGACUUGUGGGCCCCAACAGGGCCAAGGAUAAUUGGCCCUUUGGGGGGCAAUUAAUGAAAGCCAAACAGGGCCCUUAAGGAUCCAGUCUAGGCACAAUGAGGGGGCCCAGAUGAAGCCCCAAUAGAAACCCUCAUGGGGCUAGUAUGUGGCAAAUGUUAAGGGUCAUGAAAGGGCUAACCACAUGGGCCAUAUUUGGGGAUGAACAUUGCCCCAUAUGAGGGCCCUAAGGGCUGAGUCUGGUCGUCUCAGCUCGGGGCCCAGAUGAAGCCCUAUUGGAACCCUCAUAGAGCCAUUGUGGGGCAAACACUGAGGGGCCUGAAAGGGCUAUACACAUGGGCCUCAUUCGGGGGAUGAACUUUGGCCCAAACUGGCGCAAUCAGGGGGCCCAUAUGAAGCCCUGAUGGAAACCUAAUGGGGCUAGUAUAGGGCAAACGUUGACGGGCCUGUAAGGGCUAACCACAUGGGCCCCAUUUGGGGGAUGAACAUUGGCCCAAACAGGCGCCUAUAGGGCUGAGUCUGAGCUCAGUCAGGGGGCUCAGAAAAUCCCCUUGUGAGGCCUGUAAGGGGAAGGACUUGUGGGCCCCAACAGGGCCAAGGAUAAUUGGCCCUUUGGGGGGCAAUUAAUGAAAGCCAAACAGGGCCCUUAAGGAUCCAGUCUAGGCACAAUGAGGGGGCCCAGAUGAAGCCCCAAUAGAAACCCUCAUGGGGCUAGUAUGUGGCAAAUGUUAAGGGUCAUGAAAGGGCUAACCACAUGGGCCAUAUUUGGGGAUGAACAUUGCCCCAUAUGAGGGCCCUAAGGGCUGAGUCUGGUCGUCUCAGCUCGGGGCCCAGAUGAAGCCCUAUUGGAACCCUCAUAGAGCCAUUGUGGGGCAAACACUGAGGGGCCUGAAAGGGCUAUACACAUGGGCCUCAUUCGGGGGAUGAACUUUGGCCCAAACUGGCGCAAUCAGGGGGCCCAUAUGAAGCCCUGAUGGAAACCUAAUGGGGCUAGUAUAGGGCAAACGUUGACGGGCCUGUAAGGGCUAACCACAUGGGCCCCAUUUGGGGGAUGAACAUUGGCCCAAACAGGCGCCUAUCGGGCUGAGUCUGAGCUCAGUCAGGGGGCUCAGAAAAUCCCCUUGUGAGGCCUGUAAGGGGAAGGACUUGUGGGCCCCAACAGGGCCAAGGAUAAUUGGCCCUUUGGGGGGCAAUUAAUGAAAGCCAAACAGGGCCCUUAAGGAUCCAGUCUAGGCACAAUGAGGGGGCCCAGAUGAAGCCCCAAUAGAAACCCUCAUGGGGCUAGUAUGUGGCAAAUGUUAAGGGUCAUGAAAGGGCUAACCACAUGGGCCAUAUUUGGGGAUGAACAUUGCCCCAUAUGAGGGCCCUAAGGGCUGAGUCUGGUCGUCUCAGCUCGGGGCCCAGAUGAAGCCCUAUUGGAACCCUCAUAGAGCCAUUGUGGGGCAAACACUGAGGGGCCUGAAAGGGCUAUACACAUGGGCCUCAUUCGGGGGAUGAACUUUGGCCCAAACUGUCGCAAUCAGGGGGCCCAUAUGAAGCCCUGAUGGAAACCUAAUGGGGCUAGUAUAGGGCAAACGUUGACGGGCCUGUAAGGGCUAACCACAUGGGCCCCAUUUGGGGGAUGAACAUUGGCCCAAACAGGCGCCUAUAGGGCUGAGUCUGAGCUCAGUCAGGGGGCUCAGAAAAUCCCCUUGUGAGGCCUGUAAGGGGAAGGACUUGUGGGCCCCAACAGGGCCAAGGAUAAUUGGCCCUUUGGGGGGCAAUUAAUGAAAGCCAAACAGGGCCCUUAAGGAUCCAGUCUAGGCACAAUGAGGGGGCCCAGAUGAAGCCCCAAUAGAAACCCUCAUGGGGCUAGUAUGUGGCAAAUGUUAAGGGUCAUGAAAGGGCUAACCACAUGGGCCAUAUUUGGGGAUGAACAUUGCCCCAUAUGAGGGCCCUAAGGGCUGAGUCUGGUCGUCUCAGCUCGGGGCCCAGAUGAAGCCCUAUUGGAACCCUCAUAGAGCCAUUGUGGGGCAAACACUGAGGGGCCUGAAAGGGCUAUACACAUGGGCCUCAUUCGGGGGAUGAACUUUGGCCCAAACUGGCGCAAUCAGGGGGCCCAUAUGAAGCCCUGAUGGAAACCUAAUGGGGCUAGUAUAGGGCAAACGUUGACGGGCCUGUAAGGGCUAACCACAUGGGCCCCAUUUGGGGGAUGAACAUUGGCCCAAACAGGCGCCUAUAGGGCUGAGUCUGAGCUCAGUCAGGGGGCUCAGAAAAUCCCCUUGUGAGGCCUGUAAGGGGAAGGACUUGUGGGCCCCAACAGGGCCAAGGAUAAUUGGCCCUUUGGGGGGCAAUUAAUGAAAGCCAAACAGGGCCCUUAAGGAUCCAGUCUAGGCACAAUGAGGGGGCCCAGAUGAAGCCCCAAUAGAAACCCUCAUGGGGCUAGUAUGUGGCAAAUGUUAAGGGUCAUGAAAGGGCUAACCACAUGGGCCAUAUUUGGGGAUGAACAUUGCCCCAUAUGAGGGCCCUAAGGGCUGAGUCUGGUCGUCUCAGCUCGGGGCCCAGAUGAAGCCCUAUUGGAACCCUCAUAGAGCCAUUGUGGGGCAAACACUGAGGGGCCUGAAAGGGCUAUACACAUGGGCCUCAUUCGGGGGAUGAACUUUGGCCCAAACUGGCGCAAUCAGGGGGCCCAUAUGAAGCCCUGAUGGAAACCUAAUGGGGCUAGUAUAGGGCAAACGUUGACGGGCCUGUAAGGGCUAACCACAUGGGCCCCAUUUGGGGGAUGAACAUUGGCCCAAACAGGCGCCUAUAGGGCUGAGUCUGAGCUCAGUCAGGGGGCUCAGAAAAUCCCCUUGUGACGCCUGUAAGGGGAAGGACUUGUGGGCCCCAACAGGGCCAAGGAUAAUUGGCCCUUUGGGGGGCAAUUAAUGAAAGCCAAACAGGGCCCUUAAGGAUCCAGUCUAGGCACAAUGAGGGGGCCCAGAUGAAGCCCCAAUAGAAACCCUCAUGGGGCUAGUAUGUGGCAAAUGUUAAGGGUCAUGAAAGGGCUAACCACAUGGGCCAUAUUUGGGGAUGAACAUUGCCCCAUAUGAGGGCCCUAAGGGCUGAGUCUGGUCGUCUCAGCUCGGGGCCCAGAUGAAGCCCUAUUGGAACCCUCAUAGAGCCAUUGUGGGGCAAACACUGAGGGGCCUGAAAGGGCUAUACACAUGGGCCUCAUUCGGGGGAUGAACUUUGGCCCAAACUGGCGCAAUCAGGGGGCCCAUAUGAAGCCCUGAUGGAAACCUAAUGGGGCUAGUAUAGGGCAAACGUUGACGGGCCUGUAAGGGCUAACCACAUGGGCCCCAUUUGGGGGAUGAACAUUGGCCCAAACAGGCGCCUAUCGGGCUGAGUCUGAGCUCAGUCAGGGGGCUCAGAAAAUCCCCUUGUGAGGCCUGUAAGGGGAAGGACUUGUGGGCCCCAACAGGGCCAAGGAUAAUUGGCCCUUUGGGGGGCAAUUAAUGAAAGCCAAACAGGGCCCUUAAGGAUCCAGUCUAGGCACAAUGAGGGGGCCCAGAUGAAGCCCCAAUAGAAACCCUCAUGGGGCUAGUAUGUGGCAAAUGUUAAGGGUCAUGAAAGGGCUAACCACAUGGGCCAUAUUUGGGGAUGAACAUUGCCCCAUAUGAGGGCCCUAAGGGCUGAGUCUGGUCGUCUCAGCUCGGGGCCCAGAUGAAGCCCUAUUGGAACCCUCAUAGAGCCAUUGUGGGGCAAACACUGAGGGGCCUGAAAGGGCUAUACACAUGGGCCUCAUUCGGGGGAUGAACUUUGGCCCAAACUGGCGCAAUCAGGGGGCCCAUAUGAAGCCCUGAUGGAAACCUAAUGGGGCUAGUAUAGGGCAAACGUUGACGGGCCUGUAAGGGCUAACCACAUGGGCCCCAUUUGGGGGAUGAACAUUGGCCCAAACAGGCGCCUAUAGGGCUGAGUCUGAGCUCAGUCAGGGGGCUCAGAAAAUCCCCUUGUGAGGCCUGUAAGGGGAAGGACUUGUGGGCCCCAACAGGGCCAAGGAUAAUUGGCCCUUUGGGGGUAAUUAAUGAAAGCCAAACAGGGCCCUUAAGGAUCCAGUCUAGGCACAAUGAGGGGGCCCAGAUGAAGCCCCAAUAGAAACCCUCAUGGGGCUAGUAUGUGGCAAAUGUUAAGGGUCAUGAAAGGGCUAACCACAUGGGCCAUAUUUGGGGAUGAACAUUGCCCCAUAUGAGGGCCCUAAGGGCUGAGUCUGGUCGUCUCAGCUCGGGGCCCAGAUGAAGCCCUAUUGGAACCCUCAUAGAGCCAUUGUGGGGCAAACACUGAGGGGCCUGAAAGGGCUAUACACAUGGGCCUCAUUCGGGGGAUGAACUUUGGCCCAAACUGGCGCAAUCAGGGGGCCCAUAUGAAGCCCUGAUGGAAACCUAAUGGGGCUAGUAUAGGGCAAACGUUGACGGGCCUGUAAGGGCUAACCACAUGGGCCCCAUUUGGGGGAUGAACAUUGGCCCAAACAGGCGCCUAUAGGGCUGAGUCUGAGCUCAGUCAGGGGGCUCAGAAAAUCCCCUUGUGAGGCCUGUAAGGGGAAGGACUUGUGGGCCCCAACAGGGCCAAGGAUAAUUGGCCCUUUGGGGGGCAAUUAAUGAAAGCCAAACAGGGCCCUUAAGGAUCCAGUCUAGGCACAAUGAGGGGGCCCAGAUGAAGCCCCGUUAAAAACCCUCAUGGGACUAGUAUGUGGCUAAUGUUCAGGAGCAUGAAAGGGCUAACCACAUGGGCCCCAUUUGGGGAUGAACAAUGCCCCAUAUGAAGUUAGAAGGCCUAGGAGAAGCCUUGAGGGAACCAUCAUGGGGCCAGCGUGGGCCAAACUUUGAGUGUCUGAAGAGUUAAUCAAAUGGACCCCAUUUAGAGGAUGAAUGGGUGAAUCUGUGCUCAAUUAGGGGGCCCAGAUAACACCCUGCUGAAACCCACAUGGGGCCAGUGAUGGGGGUAAACAUUGGGUGGCCUGAAAGGGCUAAACACGGGCCUUAUUUGGAGGAUGAAUGGGAGCCAUUAGGGAUGAGUCUGUCUUUAAUCGGAGGGCCCAGAUAAAGCCCUGAUGAAACCUACGUGGGGCUAGUGAUGGGGGCAAAGAGAUGGGCCUAUUUGGAGGAUGAAUGGGGGCCGUUAGGGAUGAAUCUGUGCUCAAUUAGGAGGCCCAGAUAAAGCCCUGAUGAAACCUACGUGUAGACAGUGAAGAGGGCAAACAUUGAGAGAUGAGUUUGUGCUCAAUAAGGGGACCAGAUAAAGCCAUAUUAAAGGCAAGUAUGGGUCAAACCUUGGAGGGGUACUAAAGCGCUAAACACAUGGACACCAUUCAGAAGAUGAAUGGGAGCCCUUAGGGGUGAGUUUGGGGUUAGGGUUAGGGAUAAACCUACAUAAGGUCAGUGAUGUGGGCCUGAAAGCUAAACAUACGGGCAUUAAUGGGAUGAACGUUUGCCCAAACUCAGGCCCUUAAUGGUGCCCAGAUGAAGCUCCGAUAUGGGGCCACUAAGCAGGCCGCAGCUACUUUUUGUGCAAUGAAUGGGAUUGUUUUCGGGGGCUCCCCCCCCCCUUUCGCCAUUCGUGUAUGGUGUCCAUAAUUAAUCUUUAUUACAUUACGACCCUACAUUUUUCCGAAAGACUUAUUGCACCCUUGAAUAGGUUCAUACUAUGAGAACGUGUAUGUGUCUGGACCGGUUUCCCGACAAAAUAGCGCGAACAAAAUAGCGCCGUCGAAAUAGCGCGUAAAAUAUCUCUUAAAAUUUAAAUACGCAAACAUUAUGCAAGAAAUAUAAUAAGCUGCUGAUUUUAGUCCUGGCAAAGAAUGUACCGUAACGAGAGUAAAGCGGGUUUAUACUCUUUUUCUCAUGAAGAGUAUGCUUGGGAGAGAAGGGAAGUUGUUUUAAAAUUAAUUAAUGUUACAUUAAAAAGUAUGUUAAGUUGAUUGUUAAAGCAUGGCCCGUUUAUUAAAAUAGAAAAGGGGGUUGGAUGUUCAGGGCCGUGAACAAUUCAUUGUAAAAAUGACACUAAUUCACGUUGGAGACUGAAGCACACAAUAGAGCACUAUUUAACACCUUGCCACAGAGGUUCCGUUUGACUUGACAAUUUUUCUAAUAACCCUUGAUGCCAGUUCGCUAUACUUCUGGCGGUAUUAGCAGUCACCCCCACUAAUUUUUCCAAAGAAUAGAAACGUGAUCCAUGAUGCCUGAAACUUCUUUGAAAGGGUCUCAUGCACGCUCCUCCUAGCAGCUUUCUCUUCUGUGAUUUUAAAAUUACUUUUCGUACCGCGAAUUAGUUCCAAAAGCCUAUUUACUAAUUUAUGGAGGAGUAGGUUAAUAAUAACAAGACGUUACUGACUUUUUAAAAUUCCCCCCCCCCUAUCAUUUUCACAUUCGUUUGACCAUGACCAGGUCACCGAGGUCACACCUAACCGACCUCUUCCUCUUAACUCAGGUCAAGCAAAGACAGACAGCAAUUAGCAGUUAGUUAUCUGAACUUCUUGAUCUGGACAUCUUAGCUAAUUUCUAUCCCCCCCCCCCCCUUUUAUACUUAGUUUUCUUUCUCUACUUACUCUCUUCACCACCCCACUUUUUGUACAUUCUCUCCUUUUCUGCCACCUAUUCCUCCCCUCCUAUGUUGUGAGCAAGAUUGAUGUGUGUGUCAUGUAGUAUGGGUGUCACUUAGGUUAGAUCCUGUGGUAUACCUGUCCAUUAAUUCAAAUGGGUCUGGCUAGUUGUUCUGGAAUAGAGAGAGCCUCUCUUUGUUGUGAGAUGAAUGAAUAAAGUGUCCAUCCUUGCGUGUCCAGUUACUGAAAUUUAUCGACUUGACCUUUGGUGACGGGGUAGGCCCAGACGAAUUGAAUAGCAAAGGAUGGGCGAGAGGCCAAAACGCGGCGACGUAUGCGGAGAUGGCAUUUUUGUUUUGGGGUCUCUGUUAUAUAGAUCCAACUUAGUUAAUUAAUCUUUUUUGGUCGAAAUGUGAGCAAGAAAGUUAAUUUUAGAAAAUUAGUUUUCUCACAUUUAUCUACAUUUCAAAGGAUGUCAGCCGUCAGGGUACCUAUCCUAUGAAUAGGAAACUAAAGAAGUACAUCUUUGUCCACUAUUUUCGAUUCUUAGGGGCGAUAGUAUACUACCUGGAAAAGAGGGAGAUGUGAAAAGUUAUUGUAUCGUACCGCCGUGGGUAGCCCAUCCGAGCGCUAAAUAAUUAAAACUUAACAAUAGAGACGCUGGUUUAUGCUCUACGCCAAGUUAGACGAGAGUCUGGGUCUUGUCAAGGGGACAAGUUAAUAAUUGACAACCUAAAAUAAAUUAUUCUCAAAUGAAUUUUUAUAUGCAAGCUUCGUAUGUUCACGGGUAUAAGAACAAGCGAUCACCAUUGAAUGGGCCCCAUUACCUUGCAUUCACAACUUCUCGAUAUUGGACUUCUAUUUUUAUUUCAAAAUUUACAAUUGUUUCAUCAUUGGAUUUAUUUUGACCUCGCUAUUUUGCUUAACCUGCGUGAAAUCUGAGUUAUAUCACUUUUUAUUGUAUUUCAUUUUCACACUUCUAUUUUGAUUCACCUGCGCGAUACCCGCCGAUAUCCGAGUUUCAAUUUGACUUAAGAUAUUCUACCUUGCUCAUUUCGAUUUACUUGAGCAAUAUCUUGAGUAUUUUUUUUUUCUUAAAAUCUAUUUCACUUUGUUGUAUCUAAUUAACUUUCUAACUAAUGGCAGGCCGACCCAUUGCUCGUACCAGUAUAGUUGGGCUUAACGAAAUAAUGGACAGAGUAGACUUAAGACAUGAGUUUUGGAAUUUGUCAGCGUUGUUGCCUCACCUAGAAGCUGAUGUAGUAUUAGAGUGGUGUGCUAGAAGGCGGCUUGUAAAAAAUGAAUUACGUUGUGAAAACUGCAACGACCACUGCUCAUUAGUACGCUACAUACAAGGUGCUGACGGUUAUCGAUGGUGUUGUAACAAAUGUGGCACGCGAAAAUCUGUGCGACACGGCUCUUUUUUUACAGGCAGCCAUUUAAGUAUCAAACAAAUAAUUAUCAUUAUUUAUUGCUGGGCUUGUGACAUGCCACAGCUACAAAUGUCACGAGAAGCCGGACAAAUAGAUAAAUCAAUCGUUACUGAUUGGUGCAAUUUCUUGAGAGAGGAAUGUGCACAAUGGAAUGAAACUCAUGCUAUGAUAAUCGGUGGCGUCGAUGAAAAUUUUGAACCCAUUGUGGUUGAGAUCGACGAAUCGAAAUAUUUUCAUAGAAAAUACCACCGUGGCCAAUGGCGAGAGGGACACUGGGUAUUCGGUGGAGUGGAAAGAGAGAGUGGACGCUGUUUUCUCGUUGAAGUUCCAGACCGCCGAGCAGCAACACUAGAACAAUGCAUCGUGCAGCACAUAUUGCCUGGCAGCCAUAUCAUAUCAGAUGGCUGGGCAGCGUAUGCAAAUAUUCCACAAAUUGGUCAAGGGAUUUAUUCCCAUUCAGUUAUUGUACACCAACAAAAUUUUGUAGACCCUUUGGACCCCGAGAUUCAUACUCAGAAUAUUGAGAACUUGUGGAUGCGUGCUAAACGCAAGUUAAAAAGACAAUUCGGAACAAGCGGUGCAUUGUUUCAGAGUUAUUUAGAUGAGUUUAUAUAUCGAAAUAGUAUGCGCGAAGAAGACAUCUUUUUCCAGCAUGCUGGUAACGAUUGGUGAUAAUUAUCCAUGAUUUUUUUUUCAACUUUAAAACACUAUCUGAAAUUAGGGUCUAUUUCAGUUAUUUUCUCCAUCAGUCUAUGUAAGGCCGCCUUAUAAAAAAAAAAUAUUUUGUAAAUUGCUUAAUCUCUUCACGAAAUCUAAAAAACCCAAGCAAGAUUUACAAUAAAUUUGUACACAGUUUUACUUUAUAUUUUAGGUGCUCACUUAAAAUCUAUCUGUUGAAAUUCACGUAACAGCCUCGAGCUAUUAAUUACUAUUUGCCCACAAACCAGACACAGUUCCGUAUAUUUAAAGGUAAUAAGUAGGUAGAAAAUGGGGAGACAUGUUAUUUAUUACAGAAACUAUAUUUUUAUGUAUCAAAUUGCACAUAUCUCCUCUACCGGCUAAACUUUUUUUUUUUUAAUAAGUGGAGACAAGUUACUUAACGUAAUGCCGUAAGAUACAUUUUUAAUGUGCCGUAGCAACUAGGAUCUGUCUCUGCUUUUCCCAUACUGUCGGUAACUCCACCAUUGCCUGGUUUCCAGUCCAGAAUGAGAAAGGAGGAGGGGCGGCAUUAGUUAGUCCCGGAGAGUCGUUAGUUAGUCCCGUUGAGUCGUUCGUUAGUCCCGGUGAGUCGUUAGUUAGUCCCGGUGAGUCGUUAGUUAGUCACGGUGAGUCGUUAGUUAGUCCCGGUGAGUCGUUUAAGAUAAUAUCGGUACCUGGUAAGUACAAUUUUUGCACUUUAAAUAAAAAUUCUAACUUAUUACAAUUUAUAAAUAAAAAAAAAACAACAUGUGCACAUAUAGGGACAUUUUUUUUUAUUAGAUCGAGAUCUAAAUUGGUUUACUAAUUCUUAUCUAUGGGUCACAUGUCAUCAUUUAGAACCCCUGUUGUUUGGGCCAAUUUUCAUUCCCAAAUGGAGCCCAUAUAUAUGAGUUAUAGCACUUUUAGGCUUCUCAAUGUUUGCCCCCUUACUGUCCCUAAAAGGGUUUCAUCUGGGCCCCCUGAGCCCAAGCUCACUCCUAAGGGCCUGCUUGGGUCAACGUAUGCCUUCGAUUAGGGCCAUUGUGUUUAGCCCUUUGAAGUUUGCCCCUUACUGACCUCCACUAGGGCUCCAUCUGGGCCCCAUGAUAGUGCCCAGAAUCGCCCUUUAAGGACCCCCAUUUGAACAACAAUGAUCCCCCGAAAUGGGGGCCAUGUUUUUAGCCCUUUCAGGUCCCUCAAUGUUCAACGCUCUUACUGGGUUUUAUCCGGAAUUCAUCCGACCCCCCUAUCUGAGCCAAGGCUCACCUUUCAGGGCAUCCUUUUGGGCCAACAUUAAUCGCUAAAUGGGUCCCAUGUGUUUAGUCCUUUAGACCCGUCAAUGUUCGCCCCUCUUACUGGCCCUGAAUGUGUUUUAUCCUGAAUUCAUCUGGGCCCCCUAUCUGAACCCAAACUCACUCUUAAGAACCCUUGUUGUUUGGGCCAAUUAUUCAUCCCCCAAAUAGAGACCAUGAGUUACAGCUCUUUUAGCUUUCUCAAUCUAUGCCCCCUUAAUGGUCAGGCCCACUAUCUGAGCCCAAGCUCACCCCUAAGGGCACCUGUUUGUGCCAAUGUUCGUUCACCAGAUGGGGCCCAUAAAUUAAGCCCUUUCAGGUUUCAUCACUGCCCCUUAGUUGAGCCCAUGCUAACCCCUAACAGCCGAAUGGGGUACAUGUGUUUAGCCAUGUCAGACAUCUCCAAGUUUGCUCCUUACAUACAGUAGUGGGUAUAGAUCACUAAAAAAAAAUGUAUAGAUCUAUAACAUAGUACCGGCAUUUGAUAUAGACUAGGUUUAGAUUUGUGUGUGUGUUUGUGUGUGUGUGUAUGAAAGAAAAAAACGAAUUUAAAUAGACCAUCUAGAUCUAUAAAAACUAAUGAUUACAUUUUAAAUAGAUCUAUUUAGUAUUAUUUUGAUUACGAUUUAAAUGAAAUAAAGUUGAGAUCUCAAUUAAGUCUUAUCUACAUCUAUCUGAUACUAUUGAGUGUUGUGCCAGUAACUGUUGACGCAAGUCUUCUAUACUGUACUCUUGUAAAGAAAAAAAAAAUCCAAUUUUAAUAAUAAACAUACCAGUACCAGUGUACCAUACACACGUUCACGUGCUAAUGAAAUAAUGCAUCAACAUAUAACAGAAAUUAAAAAAAAACAAAAAAACACAAAGACAGAUCCUUAACAUUUUAUUAAGACAUAUUAAUUCUUAAGAGUAAAGAAAAAAAAAUCAUUACAAAAAAAAAAUUAGAUCUAGAAAUAAUCUACAUUUGCUCUAUAAUUUGCACUAGAUCUAGUAAAUGUAUGGGUUGUUUAAAUAAAAUAGAUCUACAUUUUCAAACGCUAUCAAACUUUUUCAGAACUAUAUUUUAUAGUUGGCAACAAAAGAGAACUCAUUUUAUUUUAUUUUUUGGUUUGAGUGGUAUAUAUCUAAUUUAUCGGUAACCAACCAAGCCAAUCUGGCAACAGUUGCAGUUUGUAAAUAUUGACGCUCAUUGCGGAAAUUGCCAUCCAUCUUCCAAUUUUUUGUUUGUUGAGAGCUUUGUAUUAUAAUUUUUUAACAAAUAAAGUUACAAACAGGCGUAUUGAACACAAUUUUUAAAAAUGUAUAUGAUUUUUGUAAACCUGGCGGUGGCACAGAUUGUGGUAGUGGUGUGAGUGUAGUCAGCCGACGCAAAUCACCCCAGGCCAGCGCUAGACGAGCGGUCAACCGUGACCAGUUACGACGGUCAGCCGAGACUAGUGUGAACACGACGAUUCGGGAAGGAUCGACGUCGUGAACAGAGCUCAGGAGCGUCACGAGAGUUGUAGUCGUCUGACCACCUAGAAACGUCGAGCGGCGGUUCGAGAAGGCCUGUAGGGACCCUAUAUAAGAGCGGAUGUGUCGCAGUCAAGAGGUUGAGAAAAGGGGAUCAUGAGAGACGGUUUACGAGAGAGGGUUCACGACAGAAGGUCCACUACAGCCAGGGUCAAUACAGUCCGGUCGACUACAGCACAGUUCAACGGUGCGGUUCUGCACGGAGCUUUACGACGGUUCAGUGCGGAGUACUGUCACGUACAGUUGAGACGAACGGCGUGUUGAUCUUGGUCUGCGAUCGAGUCCAACACAACGAGUCUAGUGUGUAAAGUCAGUCCUGAACUGUUGAAUCCAGUGCAAGCCCGGAACUAGACGGAGAGGCUAGUGCAAGAGUUGAUACGGCGGUACUGUGUUAUCGGAGAGGUAUUUGUACAGUGUACGUGUUGCCAAUUGUACAGUAUUGGAUGUUAUUUAUUCAACUAUUAAAGUGUUUCGUUACUUUGGAGCCCUGAGUUGUCGAGUCCUUUAAGUUUGUGGUGUAUGGUGCAGUUUGCAGAGAGCCUGGAUAGUGAGAUUCGUAACAACUGGUGUCAGAAGUUGGAUAGGAUCGUAAUCGGAUUGGAUCGGAUCUACUAUGGCUCGUCUGAAACUGCUGUACGAACUUGAAUUUAGAGAACUGAAGCAAGAACUUCGUGAACGAGGGCUGAAGGCAUGUGAAAACAAAUAAACCUUACAAGCACGCCUUUGGGAAGAGCUGAUGAAGGAAAAAGAAGAUCCGAACACAUAUUUUUUCGAAGUCGAACAAAUGUCAACUGUUCAUUAUAAGAUCGGUUCUAUGCAAGAAGAGAUCACCAAAAGCAAACAAAAGCAGAUGGCAGCUGUUCGUGAUGAGAUCGGUUCUACGCGAGAACAGAUGAACUCGGGGCUAGGAAACACCAAUGACAAGAUAGAUGCCAUGGACACAAUGAUAGACACGAUGGACUUGAGAAUUAAAACGGAGUUAUAGGCAAUGAACCAACGCAUACAUGCUGUGGAGGAGACAAUCACCACCAUAGAAGAAGAUAUGAACCAGAGGGUCUACGCUGUUGAGAAAAAGAUCGAAGAAAUAAAGAUGCAAGUUUACAGGGAUGUUACCAAGAUGCAGAAAGUAAAUGUGAUGUCUAUUGUACCCGAAGCUUCCAUGAAGGUAAAGCCUCCUGUGUUUGAUGGAUCCGUGUCCUGGUCCGUCUACAAGCAACAAUUUGACGCCGCGGCCAAAGUUAACCAAUGGAACAUCGAUAAGGAGAAAGCAACAGCCCUUAUAUUGUCCCUAAGAGGGAAUGCCUCCGAACUGAUGCAGUCAAGUCCUGUAAGUUGGUGGUGUAUGGUGCAGUUUGCAGAGAGCCUGGAUAGUGAGAUUCGUAACAAUAUUAUUUUUCAAAGACAUUUUUUAAGGCGGCGACCCUCAAAGCCUUAAUCUAAAUCUGUGGAGUAUCUUUUCUUUUCAAAGAAUACAUCUGUUUUAUUCACAAUUUACUUAGGGAUUAAAACUUACAAAAUAAUCUUAAAAAUUAAACAUUUUGCGCGCGUAAAAACACUCGAACACGAAAAGACGUUUUAACCACUUUUUGUUGGCCUACCACAAGAGGCCUUGCUACCAAAGUUUAUAAGCAACAUGUCAGCCAUAUCACAUCUCCCAGUGGUAACUAAUCAAGAAAGAAAUAGAUUUUGAUUGGAAACGAUGAAUCGGAAUUCGCCUUUAGGAAAUUAAAUAAAAUGAUAACAACUAUUCCGGUGCUGGGUUUUUAGAACGCAGUUAAAUCUAUCGAAAUUCAGUUCGACAGCGGCAAAGAUGGGCUUGGUGCCGUGUUAAUGUAGAAAAUGAAUACUUUAGAGUAGGCCUUGUCAGAACUGAGUUCUGGUCAGCUUGAGCCUCCUGUUUUAUUCAGUGGAGAAGGGGUGAGGGUAAUUCAGGGUGUUGACUUCAAGACUAUUUUUACUUUGGAUUGUUUUAUUUUGUGAGAUUAAUUUUGAGUGGAAUGUAAAUUAUAAUAAAACAGUGUGGUUGUUGUUCCUAGUCCAGUACAGUUGGAUUUUAGUUAUAGAGUUGAAGUAUAGACUCUAAUUAUUUAUGUGUAGUUAUUAUCUAGUCUUGUGGGAGUUAUAUUAUGAGCAGUUAUAUUUUAAUUGAUACUUGAUAUUACAUUUGCCAUAACUGUAUCCAUAUUACGAUAAAGCACAUACAAUAAACAAGUUUUAUGUCCGUACAUUGGCAUUCUGAAUCUUCAUUCUGUCACUAUAUGUGUCGUUACGAUAUUGUUCAGGACUUGCUUACAUUUAUUAAUUAGCAUUGAAACACACAGACGUAUAGAAGAGAAGAAAAAUGCCUCAGGCCUCACAAACCUUAACACCAACAAAAAAAAAGAUGGACUGAAAUCGACAAAGAACUAUUGGCAGUGUUUUUUGGACGCAAGAGACUCAAUCGAUACUUUUUGGCAGACCCUUUACAAUUCACAAUGACCACAAGCCCCUGGCUACCAUCUUACAAAAAAAACACUAAAACAAGCCCUAAAACAAGCCCUAAGACGGUUACAGAACCUAAUUAUGAAAAGCAAUAUAGAUGAGUUCACCUUCAGGUUGGUAUGUGGAAACAAACAGUUGGAUCGAAGCCGACAUAAUGUCCCGUGAUACACUAAGCCUAUUACUGAAAAAAUAUUGAACCUCAAUAUCAAACAAAUUGUCGAUAUUCCCGUUUCAGCGUUGGAAAGAAUUAGCAGCGAAACGGAUGCUGAUGAAACUCUACAAGCUCUUCGAAAGACCAUCGAAGACCCAAUUAACAUUUUGCUGAAACCCCAAUUAUAGUUAUAAAAUCAUCGUAAAGGGUGAAAGAGUACCAAUUCUCAAAAGCAUGCGCCCAGAGAUGAAGGAGAAGCUACAUGGCUCCCACCUAGCAUACGACAGCAUAAUGAGGCGGGUGAUGGCUCUGAUUUUCUGGCCAGGAAUAGCUAGACAAAUUAAACAAAUAUCCGAGUCAUGCACUACUGCCAAAAGAAUAAGCAAAACAAUCAAAGAGAAACGUAAUGGCCGCAUGACGAAGAAAAGGGACCUUUGAAAAAGAUUGGAACAAACUUAAUUGAAAUCCAAGGGAGAAUGUACUUAAUCACAGGUGACUACUUCUCAAAUUGGAUCGAAGCUGACUUAUUGACAACGUCAACCUGCUGGAACAUUGCAACACACCCAGUUGUGUUUGAAUAUAAUGCCACAGUCACUACUACCGCUGAAACAACCCAAUAAGCUAGAAAGCUACCCAAAAGGCGUGUGGGUGAAAGCCCGUCACAGAUACAUAAUAAAAAACACUAUGAUAAAAGAUUUCGAGAACUGCCCGGGAUGAAUAUAGAUCAAAACCUUUACUUCCAGAGUCCUGGAAACAAAGAUUGGCUGCCUGGCAAAAAAAAAUAAGAGAAACAGUGGGCGAUUCUAUACAGUUAAGGUUAAGAAGGGCGGAAUUUUCUAUGGCCAAGGAAUAUCUGACUUCUUUUCAAAUGACGAAGCGUUAACCCAUGAUACACAACUUUAUGCCUCAGCCACAGACUUAAGUCCUGAUGGGACUCAAAUAUUGGCUUACGGAUAAUGAUGACAACCUUUCAGUUAUUGGAGAACUGUGGGACAUGUAGAGCACACUGGUCAUCUACUGCACCAGUUUUCUGGACUGUGUUGUACCACUGGAUUCAGCUAGCAAUUGAGAGUAAGUCUGAUGUAGCGAAAAUUUCCUUCACUUUAAUAAAUUUUCAUGGCGUCACAAGUCAAAAGAUUGCUGACAGAGCAACUCAAUUUUAUUCCAGCAUUAAUUAUUUUUUUUUAUUUUAAUUAUUUAUUAUUAUUUAUUUAUUUUAUUUUAAAUAUUUUUUUACUUUUAACACAAAUUUCAUCACAAACCCCACCUU